UUUAUCUUCUGUCAUUCGUUGCUAAUACAUGCUUGUAAAAACUAGUCGGCGGAGGUUUUUCAAGAAAAGGAGCGAAUUAAACAUUCUCAGAUCCGAUCCGUUACGCUCUUCGGAAAAAAUGUCUUCAACCUUUAGCGGCGAUGAAACUGCUCCUUUCUUCGGAUUCUUGGGCGCUGCAGCUGCCCUUGUUUUCUCCUGUAUGGGAGCCGCUUAUGGGACCGCUAAGAGUGGGGUUGGUGUAGCGUCGAUGGGGGUGAUGAGGCCAGAGCUGGUGAUGAAGUCGAUCGUCCCUGUGGUUAUGGCUGGUGUACUUGGUAUUUAUGGCUUAAUUAUUGCUGUUAUCAUUAGUACCGGAAUUAACCCAAAGGCUAAAUCUUAUUACCUUUUCGAUGGGUAUGCGCAUCUGUCUUCUGGUCUCGCUUGUGGCCUUGCUGGUCUUUCCGCUGGUAUGGCUAUUGGGAUCGUUGGUGAUGCUGGCGUUAGAGCUAAUGCACAACAGCCAAAGCUUUUUGUUGGGAUGAUCCUCAUUCUCAUCUUUGCUGAAGCAUUGGCACUAUAUGGCUUGAUUGUCGGCAUUAUUCUCUCUUCCAGAGCUGGUCAGUCAAGAGCUGAGUGAACAAAGGCCUAAUUACUCGGAAGUGUUUUCUACAUAAAAUUUCUUGGCCACCGGUGUUGAGUGUUCCUACAGAUUGAGAAAUUUGCAUUGGCUGAUGAUAGAUCAGAGAUAUGAACUAGUUGUUUCAAUAAAGUCUGUAACUUAGUUUCAUUAUAAAAUUAUGUACUUGUGGAUCCAAUGUAAACCUUGUAGAAUUACUGCUUGCACUAUUUCUUUUUGCUUAUAUUUUGGUGUGAAUGUGAUAUGAAGCUAUUCUUGCAGUCGCAGCUAGCCUAAGUUAUUUAUGCCUCAA